AUGAUUGCCGUAUUUCUGUUGCUACUGGCUUUUAUUCCGGAGUAUCCAGCAAUUUUGUUCGGUGGAGGAGGCGGUUGUGGAUGCCAGCCAGCAUGUCCACCACCUCCGCCGUGCCCACAGCUUACUUUGCCAUGUCCACCACCGCCACCAUGCUUCUGUCCCCCACCACUGCCACCACCACCUUGUCCAUGUCUCCCGUGCCCUCCACAACCGUGUUGCAAGCGUAAGAAGCGUUCUUCGAUGGCUGCUAUUACUGCUGAAAAUAGGACCAGUGGCGAAACACUUUGCAACAAUAAACAAAUCCGUAAAAUUAUUUUUAAGGUAUGUUAUCUUUGA